AUGAACAAGACCGCGUCGCCCGACCCUGCGCAACCCACCAACGAGGUCAUCGACUCCCAACGCGACGAACAAACCGCAACUGUACCUCAAUAUGAUACCGAUCCGCCCUCAUCACCUCUUGAAUCCCUCGGAUCCGACGAUUUCGAAGGCCAACUGACCCCCAACGGCAACGACUUCAUCGGCCUACCCCUCCGCUCACCAUCACCUACAUCACCACUAUCUCCGUCAACACCCUCGCCCUCGCCUCCCCCUCCCGUGCCCUCCUCCGACAUCGAUGAUGAACGCCCUUCGAAACGACGUCGCGUCUCCACGCCAUCUGCGCCUGGGUCUGGCCAGAAAAAGAAACAAAUCUCCCCGCCAUGGAAGAAGAUCACCGCCGAGGGUCCGACCUCUUUCAUCGAUAAUGGCAGACGCAAGUCUGGUCGAAUCAACACCAUUCCCCUCGAAUUUCAUCCGCCAUCCGGCAAGCGAAUGACGAGAGGAGCUCUUCACAGCAGCCCACCCUCCAAGAACAAGUAUGCUUCUACCAACGGCCACGCCGCAACGCCCACCCCAAACGGAACUUCCAAGUCCAAGACUCCCUCGCGAAAACCAUCAGUAGCAAAGCCCGCACCACCUCCGCCCAAGACCUCCAACCGAAAGUCGACUGCGAACGAGACCAAGUCUACCUCCCGAUCCACGCGCAAGCGAAGCCCUUCCCCAUCUGCUCAACCAACUAGGCAGUCAACGCGGACAAGGCGGGGCCGUCGCAGCUCCAUCGACGAUGAGGUAGCGAGAACUUCGGCGGGUAGCCCGAACCGUACGCGGAUUAAGUUACGUGUGCGCGCGACCGAGCUACCCGUUGUACAUCCGGGACAAGUCAGCAAAAGGCUAAGAAUUGGCCCCAACUUUGAAGAGUACUGGGAAAAGGCGCAGGCAAUACCCGUUGAAGAUGGUGGCAUGUACGUCCCAGAGGAGGGGCCUAGCUACACUGAUGAGAUGGCUCAGAAGGAUGCUCAGAUUGUCUUGCGCAUUGAAGAGGCCGUGGAGCCUGACGGUAUCCUUUCACAAGAGCGCUGCACCCUGUUUGUUCCCGAGGCGGAAGAGGAACCACCACGCCAAUGGGCCCAUGCAGACCACAUGGCCAAGGCUGUUACCAACUUCCGCAAGCUAAUGGUAGCAGAGCAGCAAAGACAUCGGGCGCAGGCCAAGAGGAUUGCCGAAGCUUGCAAGGACGCCUGGCUCCGGCGCCAACCAAAGUCAGCAGAAGAACUCGAGGCCGAGACGCGCUUUGUGUGGAUCGGGCGAUACAGAGUUGUUGUCAAAAGCAUGUUUGGAACCUGGGAGAAUGUUCGGUACGAGAUUAAUCGGCGGAGAAUUCAAGAAUGGGAAGCGGAGGAGCAGCGCCGGGUUAAAGCUGCGCUUCAGGAGGCAGUCAAUCUGUCAGAGCAGAAGCUGCAGGCAAGAAGAACACAGGCGGACUCAGACAUAUCCGACGAAGAUGACCUCGACGAUGACGACAAUGACGAGGACCUUGACGACCUCGACAGCGACCUCGAAAAUAGCCAAUCAAUGUCGGUAGACGCGGAUGAUGAUGACUCCGGCAAUGACGACGACGAUGUCAUGUCAUCUUCAGAAGAGGAGGAAGCAGGCGAAGAUCACACUGGCGAUGCUGGUGACGAGAAGCUCACUAUGGAACAGCUUCGUGCCAAAUACGCCAACCUACCGGAACUUCCUCCCGACGAGCAAGCCGAAAAGAAGCUUCCUCAUGGCGUUGAGUCCGAGGCAGACUCAAAAGUUGUGGCAACCAGCCCCGGAGAAGAGACCAGCGAUGAGUCCGUCGACAUGGAUGACGACAUGGGAUCCACCGACAUGGACGACAGCGAUGACGGCUCUGGUGCGGAUGAAGAGUCUGAAGAGGAAGACGGAGACGAGGAGCCCUCUGGGUUGUUGGGUAUGCUCUUUGGGAAAUCCGAGUUGAAGAAGAUCAAGGAUGAAGUGCCACCUGAUGACAAGGAGCCACGUGAAAGCACUGCAGCCUUGGUGGCUGAUGGUGCAUCCCCACAAGCAGAGGCAUCAUCGAACUUUAGGGGCGAGAUGGUGGAGGAUGAAGAUGACGAUGAAGUGUCUCUGAUUCAACAUCCCGGUAUCUUCUUGGACGGUGAUGAGAUGGAGAUUGACACAGAAGUACAAGCUACUGUGGCACCAGGCGCUGGCGACCAGGGUGAUGGUGCCGAAAUUGCAGCCUUCGAGAAGGAGCCCACCAUACCCCUACAGUCGCUCAAGUCGGAUGAGGCCUUGGUCAAUGGCAUGGACAAGGAACCGACAGUCACGAGUGUAGAAGCCACCACCAACGGGAUACCAGAGGCAAUGGAAUCUGCUGAUACGGAAAUGCAAGACGCGCCAUCGAAAAAACCAGAGGCGUCAAUACCCCCAGCGCCAUCUACGACUGCUAUGGUCCCAACGAAACAUAUCACCCCUGAUACCGAUAUCGUUACCGUCCCGCCAAGUCGAGAACAAAGUCAUUCGCCCCCUACGUCCGACACAAAGCCUUCAGAUAUUGACACAAUGUCUUUGGCAACCCCAGGGGCAAAGGAUAUUGUCAGUCGGUCAGCUUCACCAACACCCAAUUCACAACAGACGCAAAUCCCGUUUUUACUUCGCGGUACUCUGCGUGAAUAUCAGCAUCAUGGACUGGACUGGCUAGCGGGACUGUAUGCCAACAACACCAACGGCAUUCUUGCAGAUGAGAUGGGUCUUGGCAAAACCAUCCAGACCAUUUCCCUACUCGCUCAUCUUGCUUGUCACCAUGAGGUUUGGGGACCGCAUCUGGUGAUUGUACCAACGAGUGUCAUGCUCAACUGGGAGAUGGAGUUCAAGAAAUGGUGUCCUGGUUUCAAGAUUCUCUCUUACUACGGCACUCAAGAGGAGAGGAAACGCAAGCGGCAGGGAUGGAACAAUGAUGACGUAUGGAACGUCUGCAUCACAUCUUACCAGCUUGUCAUCCAGGACCAACAGGUCUUCAAACGCCGGAGGUGGCACUACAUGAUCCUCGACGAGGCUCACAACAUCAAGAACUUCAAAUCCCAGCGGUGGCAGACGCUACUUGGUUUCAAUACUCGGGCAAGGCUUCUACUUACAGGCACUCCACUUCAAAAUAACCUCACCGAGUUGUGGUCGCUGCUGUUCUUCCUUAUGCCAGCCGAAAAUGGUGUGGGUGGAUUCGCAGACUUGCAAGAGUUCCACGAUUGGUUUCACAAGCCAGAGUCUCAAAUCCUGGAAAACGGCCGCGAGACGAUGGACGAGGAAGCGCGAGCGAUCAUUUCCAAGUUGCACAAGGUCUUGCGACCGUAUCUACUACGAAGACUCAAGGCCGACGUCGAAAAGCAAAUGCCGGCCAAGUACGAGCACGUCGAGUUCUGUCGCCUGUCGAAGCGUCAACGCGAAUUGUACGAUGGCUUCUUGGCUCGCACAGACACCCGGGAGACGUUGUCCUCUGGCAAUUACCUUUCCAUCAUCAACUGUCUGAUGCAGUUGCGGAAAGUCUGCAACCAUCCCGAUCUUUUCGUGGACCGCCCCAUCAUGACUUCCUUUAGAAUGCAGAAAUCUGUUCCAGCAGAAUACCAGGUGACCGACCAGUUCCUACACCGAUCUUUACUUGCAGUAGAGCCAAUGUCUAUUGUUAGCCUGGGUGUUCUCAACAUGAUUCCUACGCAGCACGAGAACAUGUCCAACACGACAGCGGAGCGUAUUUCGCAGCUCAGCCUUCACAGGGUCCUGAUGGAACUAAGAGAGGCACAGAACACCAGAGCCCAUCUAGCUCGUACAAACCUCGACCCUUCCACAGUUGAGUCGAACAUUAUGUAUCUGGAUAGCCUGGCUCGCUGGCGCCGCUUCGAGGAAUUGCAGCACAGCGUGUACCUGAAUGCUCUCCGUGGCCAACGUCGGCCCAUCUAUGGCAAGCGCUUGAUUGAUUUCUUGACGCUCGGAUUAGACGGUAGACCCCGGAAACCCAAGCCAAGAGUUCCUAACCAGAUCUUGAAUUGGUUUGCGGAGGAUUCCGACUUCCUCCGUGCCGUUAUCCGCCCAGCUGACGAACGAGCCGAUGCCAUGCAGACGAUCAUCCAAAAGUUCACAUGCGUCACUCCCGCCGUCAUCACUCGCGACAUGAACGAGGUGAUACUGGGAAGAAAGGCGGCUCAGGCCUUUACGGACGAGGACCUCAAACUCUCAGCCCCCGUCCGGUGGGCUCCUUUCAUGCCCAAGCAGCCACCCAUUGACCCAUGGCACGAGUCUCGCAUGCGUCACAGUAUCCAGUUCCCAGACAAGCGACUGUUGCAAUACGACUGUGGAAAGCUUCAAGCUUUGGACAAGCUUCUUCGCAAGCUUCAAGCCGGCGGCCAUCGUGCCUUGAUCUUUACACAAAUGACCAAGGUCCUGGAUAUCCUUGAGCAGUUCCUCAAUAUCCACGGCCACAAGUACCUUCGACUUGAUGGACAAACAAAGAUUGAGCAGCGGCAGAUCCUCACGGACAGGUUCAACCAUGACCCACGCAUCUUGUGUUUCAUCUUGUCUACACGUUCCGGUGGAUUGGGCAUCAACCUUACUGGGGCUGAUACCGUCAUCUUCUACGACCAAGACUGGAACCCAGCCAUGGACAAGCAAUGCCAGGAUCGAUGCCAUCGAAUCGGUCAAACACGAGAUGUACACAUCUACCGACUCGUCAGCGAGCACACGAUUGAAGCCAACAUUCUUCGUAAAGCGUCGCAGAAGCAGAUGCUGGACGACGUGGUCAUUCAGGAGGGUAGUUUCACCACGGACUACUUCAACAAACUUUCCGUGCGGGAUGUCCUUGGCACUGAAGGGACCGACCUUGUCGAUGAUGCCGCUAACGCCGCCAUGGACCGCCUUCUGGGUGGAGGAGACAGUGGACCGUCGAGAACCGUGGCCGAGGACCUUAAGCAGGCCGAAGACCAGGAAGACGUGGAAGCCGCCAAGGCAGCCGAGAGGGAAAUACAAGACGAUGACGCCGAGUUCAACGAGAAGAGUGGCGCACCUUCUGGCGCCUCUAGCACCCGCCAAGGCACGCCGCGAGAGGACGUUGCCGGCCAGCCAGGCGGCGGCCCCGGACCCUCUGGCCUAGGCCGAUUCUCUGAAUCCGUCGCCCCGGAUGAGACGGUAGAGAUUGAACACAACGCGUGGGGCGAGAGAAUAUAUAAUGUGGACGAGUACAUGCUCCGGACGAUGUCGGAGCAGCUCAAGGGCACGGCGCUAGACCUGCCCAAGGAUAAAAAGAAGAGUAAAAAGAAGGGUCGCGACACACGGAAGCGGUAG